GUAGGCUUCUCAAAGAAUAGUCCCGUGCACGCGUUGAAUCAAUGAGUGGAAAAAAUAACUUGAGGUUGCCUGUUUAUUUACUGAGUGCCUACCAUGGAAUCAGGGAAGGUUUUCUGCAACCUUUACUUUGACAGGGAAGGGCUUGUACAGGUGAAGGUGGUAGUCGUCGGUAGCGACGACGAGGGUAUUCCAGGCUGUCAGGAGGUUCUUGCCAGACAGCUGUGUGGGAGUGGGCGGCCAGCAUCCCCCGAAAGCGCGGGGAAGGCAGCUCGGUCGGGUGGAGGAAGCGAUGGAAUGAAUCCACGCUGAGCUCCAGUCCUGGGUAGUUAUUAGCCGCGUGACUUUGGCCAAAUUACUGCACCUCUCUCAACUUCCCGAACUGUAGAAUGAGUCUGUUAAGAAUACUCACAUGCCAAGCAUCUUGUGAGAGUACGCGACCGCACGUAUGCGAAGACGCGCUUCAUCUAGAAAGCACAAAACUCUCCAGCCGGCCGACACGGCUGCGCUCUUUGCACUUACGGGCCUGGACUCCCUCUUCAGGCAUGCGCGGUGGACCUGCGGCGCGGCCCGUCAGGCACUGCGGUAGGCGCCCUAGGGGCUUGCAGGACCCUGACCCCAAGAUGGCGGCGCCCAGCGAAGUGGCCGCGGUAGCCCUUGGCGAAGGCGAUGGCGGAGGCGGCGGCUUUGGCUCCUGGCUGGACGGACGGUUGGAGGCACUGGGAGUGGACCGAGCCGUUUAUGGAGCCUACAUCUUGGGUAUCCUGCAGGAGGAGGAGGAAGAAGAGAAGCUGGACGCUCUGCAGGGGAUCCUCUCUGCUUUCCUGGAAGAAGAUUCCCUCCUUAAUAUCUGCAAGGAGAUUGUGGAACGAUGGUCAGAAACUCAGAAUGUUGUCACCAAAGUGAAAAAAGAAGAUGAAGUACAGGCCAUUGCCACCCUAAUUGAGAAGCAGGCACAAAUCGUAGUAAAGCCAAGGAUGGUGUCAGAAGAGGAGAAGCAGAGAAAAGCUGCCCUCCUGGCCCAGUAUGCUGAUGUGACAGAUGAAGAGGAUGAAGCAGAUGAGAAGGAUGAUUCAGGUGCUACCACAAUGAACAUUGGUUCUGACAAACUUCUGUUCCGAAACACCAAUGUGGAAGAUGUCCUUAAUGCCCGAAAACUGGAGCGAGACUCACUUCGGGAUGAAUCCCAAAGGAAGAAGGAACAGGACAAGCUGCAGAGGGAGAGAGACAAACUAGCCAAGCAGGAGCGCAAGGAAAAGGAAAAAAAAAGGACACAGAGAGGGGAGCGAAAGCGAUAACCUUGGCCUGCUCUAUUCUUUCCCCCCAUGAACUUAUCAAAGGGAGAACUGGUUGUGUAUUUAAGAGAAAUGAGAGUGCAUUGCAAAGUAGUUUCCCAAGGCAUUUCCCCUAUUGUUUACAUGGUCAAAAGGAAAAUCAAAAUCACUUCUAAUUACAAAAUGUGCUAUGUUUUGGUGGGGUGGGCAAUCAGAUUAUUAUAGUUGAUGACUGUACUAAAGAUCUGGAAUGGGGGCCACCUUUAUAUUUUAAUACUCAAGUCCUGUGCUCCUUUUGGUCACUUUAAAAAGUCUUCCCUCACCUUGGAUAAAUAGGAGGAUUCAGAAAGCUAACAGUUUUCAUUCUGAAGGAGCAGAAACAUAAUCAAUCCCUCCCUGAGAUAAAAUGUGGGCAUGCACAUUGCUUUGGAGUCAGUAUUCAGCUGUAAGUGUAGUAUUGUUUUAUGGCUGAAAUAGAAAGCUAAUGAAGAGGCCUACCUGGAUCCAGAUUUUAUGUUAACAUGGCAGCAAAACUAGGAAAAUGGGAAGAAAUUACUUGCGGGGUGUUCUAGAUCUGAUUUUUUUUUUUUUUUUUGAAAGUUUCAGCCUAUGGGAGGAAAAGAGGUAUCUUUUAAAAUAGAGAUAGUUACAUAUUUUUCCUCAUCUAGGCUGUGUCACUAUUGGGUGCAAGGAUAUCAUUGUUGGCUAGAUUCAUUUUGUAUAAUCAUGUAUCCUCUUGAGUGCUGGUAGAGAUUUUAAUCCUGAUUUUUCCAUAAAACAUGAGUAUUAAGAAAUAAUUCCUGGUUUGGAGAAACUGGAGAAAUCACCCUUUUAAGGAAGAAACACUGGAAAUUUCUGCUAACACCGAGAUAUUUAAGAGUGUACAUAGUAGGUGCUCAACAAAUUUAUUGAAUGAAUGAGUGAAUGGAAAAACUGGGAGAGUCAAAAGUGAGCAGAAGCUCUCCAUUUCUACUUCUGUCACAAACCACAUUAAAUUGUAAAUAAGGCCCUUCUCCACUUGACUUCAGGCAGCAGAUUGUCUAGAAGCCUAAGGACAGCAAUUUCUCUGACAAGACAAAGUAGAUAUUUUAUACCAGGGUUUGGCAAACUACUGCCCACUGGCCGAAUUUGGCCCAGUCUGUUUUUGUAUGGUGCAAACUAAAAAUGAUUUUUACAUUUUUAAAGAGUUAUAAAAGAAAAAAAUAUGUGGUCUGUAAAAUCUAAAAUAUUUACUACCUGGCCUGUUGGAGGAAAGGUUUGCCAAUCUCUGUUUUAUACCAUUAACUAUGAGAUUAACAAAAACUUUUACCUUUGUGCAGAAGGUUAAAAAAAAAAAAACAUGGUUAAGGAAAAGGAGACAUGUUACCUCUUCAUACACUCCUAUAACCGUGGCAUUGCAAAAAAUAAAAAUAACCACCUUUAAAAAAAUAAAUCUUAUUUAAAUUGC